UUUGGAUUUUUUUUGUUUUCAAUGUUGUUUGUUUCUUGGUGACAUUUAAUCUCAUUUUUUUAAUCAAUUUCUUUGAUAAUCUGUGAUAAUUUUCUAAACUAAUUAUGAGUGGUACAUUGUCUGUGAUAAGUUUACUUUGCUUGUGUUCAAUUUUCUCUCAAGUUCAAUCUAAUAAAGUCAAUUAUUGUUAUGAUUGCCGUUCACGUGUAUCUGGUGACUGUAGAGAUCCUUUUAUUGGUAAUGAAACAACAAUAAUAGAUUUGAUUGGAAUUCGCUUAGUACCCUGUCCAUCAGGCUGGUGUAGCAAAAGUCUCGAGGGUAAAGAAGGUGAUACAAUUAUUACCACCGAAAGAAAAUGUUUACCAAGACCACCAAUCGAUUCGGUUGAAAGAUGUUCCAGAAUAUUUUACGAAAAUAAACGAGAACCAUUGUAUAUGUGCUCCUGUCGAGGUCACUUGUGUAACCACGGGUCGAUUCAGUUGAUGAACUUGCCUGUUAUUUCUGUGAUUCCAAUUCUAUCCAUUUUGAUAAACCAAUUUCUAAUUUCCAAUUGACGAUCAGUAUUAAUAACUGUCAACAAAUUGAAUCUCAUCCAUCCAAACAAUUGAACACCAAAACUAAAGCACAAUUUAAAUCCACUAUCAAACCAUGAGAAUACAAACUUAGACAACUAAUGAUCUUAAAAAGCAAUUUGCAAUCCAAAUGACCACAAAAAUUGUAAAACAAUUGACCAAAAAAUGACCACAAUCAAAAGGAAAAGUCUAAUCAACUUUCAAGAAAACAAAACAAAACAAAACAAACAAAAUUCCCGCACCCGCUCAAGCCAAACACUUAAAACCGUUGACCUUUCAACUGGUUGGAUUAACUGGAUUAAUGGACAAAAAAUCCACCAAAUUAAUCGUAAUUGUAGUUAAUUGUGUUCCAAAUGUAAUAUUAGAAUAAUCUAAAACCAGCAAUUCCAUAAUCACCCAAGUGUUUUGUGAGAAAAAGAAAAAAAAAUCAAAAGAAAACAAAUAAAAAACGGUUAACCUAAAGAAAACAGAAAACGUAAUUAAUUCAAAUUAAAUUUCGAUUAUUGAUCAA